AUGUGCCGGGUCCCAGCUCCAUGCCUGGGGCAUCCAGCCUGGGUGCCCAUGGCAAGCUGGGCCAAUCUACCGCCUGGCACAGAGGUCUUGGUUCUUGGCAGAUUUCCACAGCUGGAGAACUCCCAGUUCUUCAACUCAGCUACGAGCUUCCAGGUCGAGGGCCUCGACGGCCCGGAGCCUCGCAUCAUCGUGGAUGGCACCUUCUGCUUCCGCGGGCGGCACCAGAGGCCUAUGUCCACCAACCUCCUCUUCUCAGAGGACAAAAGUGAGGACCAACUUCAAGGUGCAUCGGAGCACGUGGUGCGAUUUGAGCUGGAUCGAUCAGGCGCCCACCUCCCCCGAGAGGCCUGGAGCGCGAGGUCCUCGGCGUCCACGGCCAAAGAGCCGGCGAAAGACCCGGCAGCCGAAGCCACUGUGCCGCGCCUGGAGCAACCUGCGGAGGCAAGACAAGAAGAGCAAGGAAGGGCGGAGGAGCUGCCGAGCGCGAGGAGCGGCCACGGGAGCCCAGCCGCCACGACGGAGUCCGAGCAGCCGCAGGGUGAGGCGGAGGCCCAGCCAGAGAUGAAGUCGCGCAAGAAGAGGAGGAGGCAGCAACAUGCACAGCCAUGGUGUUUGGCACCAAGCCGCAACAGGCACCGUGAGACGGAGGUACCAAGCCUCUCCUUGACCAACACCUCCGUGGCUCAGCAAUCGCUGCUGGAUGCCUCAACAGGUGCUGAGACAAGGCGGCCGCUCACCAGCCGACUGCCCCCGCCCUUUCCGCCAAGGACGCCUCCUUCGCACCGUAGCUCCGCACACCGCAGCUCCGCACGUCACUCGCAGCAAACCCACAGUGGAAGCGCGGGAACUUGGCACAAGGCCACGACGGAUUCGUUUCACUCGUCCCAGCCACCGAGGCUUCGGAGUGCGUGGGCAACUUCGCAAUCAUUCUCGGCACGGGGCAGAGCCAAGGGCGACGAAGCUUUCCGCAGAUCGGAGAAGACCAGGUCUGUCGGCAACAUGCCCGACCUCGGUCUCCAUCACUCUGAAGCAAAGGAGGAGGCUCCCGAAGAGCUCACGGUGGCCAUGCACGCCCUGUUUGAUGUGUACGAUAAAGACCGCAGCGGCUCCGUCAACCUCGACGAUUUCGUCGAGACGCAGGCGGAGGUGCUGUGGGACGACGAAGGAAUGCAAAGCCUGCCCUUGGAGGACCUUGUGGCGCAGUAUCUUGAGGUGCGAAGACCUGGUUGUGUCGGCCUGGAUGGGGCGGGCCUGGACUUUGAGGGCUUCGUGAGGUGGCAGCUCCAGUGGCAGUCGCCGCUGUGGGUCACCGGCACUGAGAAAGAGAUUGUCGAGCAUUGCCUGAAGCUAAAGGAGCAUCUGAUGUCGAGACGGCCACCGCCCGAGACGAGGUCUACAUCUAAGAGGUCAGCACCAUCGUCUCGCCUGCCUUUCACAAGCAGGCUGCGGCAGAGCUGCCGUCGACGCUGGCCGCCGGGCAAGGCUCGUGCGGCCGAGCGGCCGGGGACCACAAGUGCGAGGACGGCACGUUGUCGACGCUACGGUGGGCAUGCGACCGCGGCCAGGGGCUUCUGCGAGCCGCCAGCGGAGGUGGCCAGAGACAUUGCAGAGUACGAGGCCGUGCAGAAUCUGAGAGAGGAGGAGUCAGAUGAUGAAAGCUGGGCAAGGAAGCUACUUGAAGCUACAGCAGACGAGGAAGAAACGAAGAGCCGCACCAUCGGAGAGGCACCCAUGGGCAGCUCAGAAGGCGAUGCCCUGGCCCGACAUGAGUUGAGCUGA